UAUGUCCGUGGAAUGGAGUAUUUCAAAAAACUUUAUCUUUUCCUUGUGUACAUUAGACAGAAAAACAUUCAAUUUUAGUAAAAUCAAUAAAAUCGAAGCCGGAGUUUCAUAAAAUAAAUUAUAAGUAUGUCUGAUGUAAAGAAACGAAAGAAUGUAAGCGCUACCGUUGAUAAAAAUGGUGAUAAAUCUGCAUCAGAAGCUAAAAUCCAUGACAAGCCAGCUACAUCUGACAACAAACUAAUGUUGAGGGUCCUCUCGCGUAUUGUGGUUAUUACCUCUCUAUUGAUAGUCGUAUAUUUUUCAACAAAAGAAGAAAAUAUUAAACCUUUCGCUAGGCAGUCUGAUAUACUGCCUGGCAAAGGCCAAAUCGUGGAGUGUUCUACCUCAUACUUAAGGGAAGUUGAACGAUAUGAGGGCUGCUAUCCUAAGGAUUGUAAAAGAUAUGUGACUGAUCAAGUUAUAUCAGUGAGAGAAGCUGAAGAUCUGCUAGAAAUGGCUAAAAAAGGAUUUAAAGUAGGCGGAUCUGCAGGAGGCGCUUCUAUACUGGACCUUCACAGCGGCGCACUUUCUAAGGGUACCCACUACAUCAAUAUAUAUAAAAAUGAAGACACCAAGAACUUGUUUACUGAAAAUGAUUUUAAUAUUUACAGAGUUGUUAAAGAAAAAAUCAGAUAUGCCGUAGGACACCACUUUGGUAUUAGCCCAAAUAAAAUAUACCUGACCCACACCACAUUCUUCUCUGAGCUGACUGCUAAGAAAGCUGCAGGCAUUCAUGAUGAAUAUUGGCAUCCACAUGUUGAUAAGGAAACCUACCCACAUUUCCACUACACCACUUUGCUGUAUCUAGGAGAUUAUAAUAUUGACUUUAAGGGAGGAAGAUUUGUCUUCAUUGAUGAAAAAUUCAACCGUACUGUUGAGCCAAGGAAAGGUCGGCUUAGUAUGUUUACCAGUGGUGCUGAAAAUCGUCAUUAUGUAGAGAAAGUUUCGUCUGGUAUUAGAUAUGCUAUAACUGUAUCAUUUACCUGUGAUAAAAAUCAUGCCAUAGAAGAUCCUAGUAUUAAUAAAUAUUUAAAUUAAAA